UGCAGCUCGCCGGGAGUGUGUUAAACGACAACAAUGUCGGUCCAAUCUUUAGUUAGCCGAAAGAAAAAGAGUUUUAUCGGUCUCCCGGCACCACUAGGAUAUGUUCCUGGUUUGGGAAGAGGAGCAACAGGUUUCACCACCAGAUCUGAUAUUGGUCCUGCCCGAGACAUUGAUGAUAUAUCUGACGAUCGACACGCACCUCCUGUCAAGAAAAGUAAGAAUGAUGAAGAGGAGGAAGAAGAUCUAAAUGAAGCCAAUUUUGAUGAGUUUGCUGGUUACGGAGGAAGUCUGUGUUCUAAAGAUCCUUACGACAAAGAUGACGAAGAAGCAGAUGCAAUAUAUGAAGCUGUCGAUAAGAGAAUGGACGAAAAGAGGAGGGAAAGGAGAGAGAUAAAGUUGAAAGAAGAACUGGAAAAAUAUCGUCAAGAGAGGCCUAAAAUUCAGCAACAGUUCUCAGAUUUAAAGAGAGACCUAGCUGAUGUGACUGUGGAUGACUGGUUGAAUCUGCCUGAAGUAGGAGAUGCUAGGACAAAGAAACAGAGAAACCCUAGAGCUGAAAAGUUUACCCCUGUACCUGACAGUAUGUUAGCUAGGGCGGCUGCCAGCACUGGUACAAAUAACUCCCUCUCCGAACGCGAACAGAAAUUUGGGGGUCACUCAUCAACUUUUGGGGCUAUCACACCUCUCGGUGGGACGACAACCUCUGACAUUGACAUGAAAAAGAUCGGACAGGCAAGAAACACUCUCAUGGAUAUCAAACUGACUCAGGUGUCUGACUCUGUCAGUGGUCAAACUGUGAUGGAUCCCAAGGGCUACCUAACAGACCUCCAGUCCAUGUUACCAAGCCACGGUGGCGACAUCAAUGAUGUAAAGAAAGCCAGACUGUUAUUGAAAUCUGUAAGAGAAACCAAUCCAAAACACCCUCCAGCAUGGAUAGCCUCAGCUAGGUUGGAGGAAGUGACAGGCAAAGUGCAGGCAGCCAGGAACCUCAUCAUGAAGGGUUGUGAGGAGUGUCCAAAGAGUGAAGAUGCUUGGCUGGAGGCAGCCAGACUCAUGCCUGGGGACCAGGGAAAAGCUAUCGUCGCCCAAGCAGUGCGACAUCUACCUUCAUCUGUCAGACUGUGGAUAAAAGCAUCCGACCUCGAGAAUGAAAUGAAACCAAAGAAACGUGUCUUCAGAAAAGCUCUUGAGCACAUCCCAAACUCUGUCAAACUGUGGAAAAUGGCCGUGGAACUUGAGGAUGAAGUCGACGCCCGAAUCAUGUUGAGUCGAGCAGUCGAGUGCUGUCCCACCAGUGUUGAGCUGUGGCUAGCUCUGGCUAGGUUGGAGACGUAUGAAAAUGCUCGUAAAGUUCUGAACAAGGCUAGAGAAAACAUUCCUACUGACCGUCAGAUUUGGAUCACAGCCGCAAAACUGGAGGAGGCCAACGGCAACUUACAAAUGGUGGAGAAAAUCGUCGACAGAGCUCUGAAUUCUCUCCGUGCCAACAUGGUGGAAAUUAACAGAGAACAGUGGAUCAAAGAUGGAGAGGACUGUGAGAAGAGUGGCAGCAUAAUCACAUGUCAGGCCAUCAUUCGGUCCAUUAUCAGCGUGGGUAUUGAAGAAGAAGAUCGCAAACAUACUUGGAUGGAGGAUGCAGAAUCGUGUGCUGUGAAUGGAGCCAAUGAGUGUGCACGGGCCAUUUAUGCCUUUGCUUUAACAGAGUUUCCAAGUAAGAAGAGUAUAUGGCUGCGAGCGGCUUACUUUGAGAAAAGUCACGGGACAAGAGAGUCCCUGGAGUCCCUGUUACAGCGUGCUGUAGCCCAUUGUCCCAAGGCAGAGGUCCUGUGGUUGAUGGGGGCUAAGUCAAAGUGGUUGGCGGGUGAUGUACCGGCAGCCAGGAGUAUUCUUGCCUUGGCAUUCCAGGCCAAUCCGAACAGUGAAGAGAUCUGGCUUGCUGCUGUCAAGCUCGAGUCAGAAAACAAUGAAUUUGAGAGAGCCAGGAGACUUCUUCAGAAAGCGAGAGCUAGUGCUCCAACAGCCCGGGUGAUGAUGAAGUCAGUGAAACUAGAAUGGUGUCUAGGAGAGAUCAGGAACGCCAACACACUUCUGGACGAGGCAGUCAGACACUACCCAGAUUUCGCCAAGUCAUGGAUGAUGAAAGGACAGAUUGCUGAACAACAGGGCAAGCCAGUAGAGGCCAGAGAGGCUUACAGUCAUGGGCUGAAGAAAUGUCCAAAGGCAAUUUCUCUAUGGCUGUUGAUGUCAAGAUUGGAAGAGAAAUCUGGCCAGCUUAUAAAGGCCCGUUCAAUACUGGAAAAGGCCCGACUAAAAAAUCCCCAGCAGGCACAUCUCUGGCUAGAGGCUGUAAGAGUAGAACACAGGGGUGGCUUGAAGAACAUUGCACAGACCUUGAUGGCCAGAGCUAUCCAAGACUGUCCCAAUGCCGGUGUUCUGUGGGCAGAGUCAAUAUUCAUGGAGCCACGCCCCCAGAGGAAGACAAAGUCUGUUGAUGCCCUCAAGCGAUGUGAACAUGAUCCCCAUGUGCUUCUGGCUGCAGCUAAGUUCAUAUUUUGGGCAGAGAGGAAGGUAAACAAGGCAAGGGAAUGGUUUAACCGGACAGUUCGUAUCGACCCUGACCUAGGAGAUGCCUGGGCUUACUUUUACAAGUUUGAACUCCAACAUGGAACUGAGGAAUCCCAGAGUAACAUACUGACUCGCUGCGUAAGUGCUGAUCCUCGUCAUGGUGAAAACUGGUGCCAAGUUUCAAAGGACAUUGAGAACUGGCGUCUUCGUACCGAACAAAUCCUUCCUCUUGUGGCAGAUCUUGUAGCUCUUCCAACAUGACAACAUUCAAGAAUUCAGACAUGAUGGACCAAAAGUGGUUUAGACUAGAGUGAAUCUGGCAAGGGUUAUAACUCUAGUAUCUUGUACCAUACAGUGAUUUUAGUUGAAACGAUAUUAAGUUGUGGUUUAUUCAUGAGUGUUUCAAGAUACUAAAUGCAAACAUUCUGGCAUUUCCAAUAACUUAUCUUAAAACAGGAAACUUUCAUUGUGAAUACACUUUUAUUGUUUUGUGAUUGCUACGGAACCAUGAAUAUAAAUACAACGAAUGUUGUAUGUAUUAUUGUUAUAUUAAAGAGACUUAAGUCCCCUAGACACAUCAUAAUUAACCUACAGUAAUAUUACCCUCUUUUUGAGGACUGGGCCCCUUGACACAUCAUAAUUAACGAACAGUAAUAUUACCCUCUUUUGAGGACAGGGCCCCCUUGACACGUCAUAAUUAACCUACUGUAAUAUUACCCUCUUUUUGAGGACAGGGCCCCUUGACACGUCAUAAUUAACCUACUGUAAUAUUACCCUCUUUUUGAGGACAGGGCCCCUUGACACCUUAUAAUUAACCUACUGUAAUAUUACUCUCUUUUUGAGGACAGGGCCCCUUGACACGUCAUAAUUAACCAACAGUAAUGUUACCCUCUUUUUGAGGACAGGGCCCCUUGACACGUCAUAAUUAACCAACAGUAAUAUUACCCUAUUUCUGCGGACAGGGCCCCUGGACACGUCAUAAUUAACCAACGUCAUAAUUAACCAACAGUAAUGUUUCUGAGGACUAAGCCUCUGUCCUUUGAAUUGUAAAUGAAUUGUACAGAUUUUAAAGAGAGAAAUACUUGGGUGUAAAAAUGGUUACAUUCAAAAUUUGAAUUCUGCUCAGUGCAUAUACAUAUAUAAGUAUAAUGUAAGUUUAAGAAGCAGACAUGUGCAGUAAGCAGGGUCGAUAAGUUUAACUGAAACAUCUUUUGCACAUUCUACUAAUACAUGUACCUUACUGUAUGCUCAUAUAUUGAAACUUGUCAUAACGCAUGAAAGCUCCAGAUUUUAGUGGGAGAUAUAGAAUCAAAUGAUGCAAAGAAAGGAAGUGAAGUUGACAGAAUGUACUGAUACAUGAUGUGUGAAACUCUUGAAAGUAAAUGGAACUUGGAAAA